AUGAACUUCCUUAGAAAACGGAGGUCCUCUAACUCAUCAGAGGACUCGAUUGAGGAAUCUCAGAUCAAAAAGUCACGCAAACCACCAAAUACCGCUUUCCGUCAGCAGAGAUUGAAAGCGUGGCAGCCAUUGCUCACUCCCAAAUCAGUGAUACCAUUUCUUGUUUUGUUGGCUGUGAUUUUUGCUCCUUUGGGGAUAGCCAUCAUAUAUACUACUUAUAAUGUACAAGAGGUGAAUAUUGACUAUUCGCAUUGUGGUGAUCAAACAGAUAGUUUUACGUCGAUUCCUGGAAAGUAUACUGGCUUCCACUUUAAACAGAGUACUAAGCCAGAGUUUGAAUGGAAAGUGGAUGGUUCGCGAUGUGUCAUUCAGUUUAAUGUCCCCGACUUGAAGCCCCCGCUUUACUUGUACUACAAAUUGACCAAUUUUUACCAAAAUCAUAGAAAAUAUGUGGAAAGUUAUGACUUGGAUCAAUUAGCAGGUAAGGCUUUAUCAAGUGAUGAUGUUACAGAUAGUUGCAAACCUUUGAAACAUAGACAAUACAACGGAGAACAGAAACUCAUUUAUCCAUGCGGAUUGAUUGCAAAUUCCUAUUUCAACGAUACAAUUUCAUCGCCGGUUUUAUUGAAUGCACGUAAUGGAGAAAAUAACCAAACAUACACAUUCACCGACCAAGACAUUUCAUGGUCCUCUGAUCGCAAACACAAGUUCAAAAAGACAAAGUACAAACCGGAAGAUGUUGUGCCUCCACCAAAUUGGGACAAGCAGUAUCCUGAUGGUUACACCGAAGAGAAUAUGCCGGAUCUACUGCAAAUGGAGCAUCUACAAAACUGGAUGCGCACGGCAGCACUACCCAACUUUUAUAAGCUUUAUGGGAAGAACACUACGUCAACCAUGCCGUCAGGUACUUAUCAAAUUACGGUUGACUUGAACUACCCGGUGGAGAUUUUUGGCGGUAGCAAGAGUAUUGUCAUCACCACUAACUCAAUUUUUGGUGGCAGAAAUGUCAGUUUGGGUGUGGUAUAUAUCAUUGUCGCUGUGGUAUCUCUUGUACUAGGUAUCGGGUUCUUGUUGCAAUUCUUGAUCAAACCAAGGCGAGUGGGUCAUGACUACUUGCAACAAAACUACCGAGACCAAUUGUAG